AUGGACAGCUCAGGGUUUUGGAGCAAGGGAACACGGCUAUCUAACGCUUUCCGCUGUGCCGGGACGCGGGUACAGCACCGACGAAACUCAAUGGUCGUCAAUAGAGUUGUAGUCGCUGCAAUGGCAGGUGCGGCUCGCACCCACGUUCUUUCGGUUUCGCCGGCUAGGUCGGUCGACACUUCACCAGUGCGUGCAGCGGCGGGCAGCGAAAUGUCGAAAACAAUGGGUGAAUCGCGCAGAUCGUGCUCAGCGUCAUCAUCGUCCUCCGGCGGAGGAAAAUCUAAAUCUAAACCGUGCAAACAGCAGUGCAAGCCAAUAGACGUUUCUGUCCUGCAACAACCCACCGGACCGGAACACGUGACCGUCGCCGGUGAUUACGAUAAUGAUUUUCGUUCCAGCGGCAACAAACCGAGGCGCGACGAAGUAUCGGAACUCCGGCGGGCUCUUCGCCAUGUGUACUAUCUGGUGUUCGCGCUUGUGUGUUGUGUGUUCGGGCUUUCGUUUUUCGCACUUAAUUACGUGAACGGUCGGCUAGGUGAAAAAGCUCCGGUGAAAACUACUAAUCCACAGCCGGUGCUGAACGACAAUCGAGUGGAGGAAAUAGUCAGCAAGUGCUUGAAAAAUAACAUCGAUAAAUUUAGUCAGGAUUUAAUAGCCCACGUACGGGAGUCGGUCGAUUUCAGUUCGUUCCUGCCUUAUUUACCAGCCGGCCAGAAAGUACAAAAUGAACGCAAAUCAAGCGGACAGCACGAAAUCAGACUGAAACGGGAUCUCAAUCUGUACGAUGACAAUUUGGUGCCGGACCAGGACGGUCCAAAUGUUGAAUUUUUCAACCCAAAACUGCGUUCCGAGUUGGAAAAGAAAGACGCGGAAAUCAUCAAGAAGACGGGCCUAAAAGGUGCAGCUCCCGGAGGAGAUUCCUGGGUUUGGUUGACGAGCCACUCUCGAAUUCCGUUCAACAUAAUCUCCGGUUUUUGCCGGGCGACGAAAGAGUACUGCCCACCGGGACCGCCCGGUUUGCCGGGUAUCCCGGGCCCGAAAGGAAAUCGUGGUGACGUUGGUCUGCCCGGUCCCGCCGGCAUUGACGGCCGGGAGGGCAAACCGGGCCCACGCGGUCCCAAAGGUGAAAUCGGUUAUCCAGGUAAUCCCGGCCUGGACGGAAGGGACGGAGUCCCGGGUGAACCUGGCCUUGACGGUGUGCCCGGUCGAGCGGGUGCUGACGGUAUUCCCGGCCGGGAUGGCAAGGAUGGAACCCCCGGCAUCAAUGGACAGAACGGUAUAGAUGGAAAGAAUGGUAUUCCGGGACCGAUGGGACCCGUCGGACCGCCGGGUGAGCAGGGAACAAGAGGUCUGCACGGACCACGCGGUAAGCCGGGCCGGCCGGGGAUUAACGGUACUCCCGGAACACCUGGAAUCAACGCAUGGAAGAUUAAGGUCAACGAUACGUUCUCCAACGAGUUGCUCGUACCACCAACGAUCGCCGGUGCAGGGACACCGGAAGCGCUGCGACCGAUUGUGGUGCAGGAAGGCACGCAUCUGAGGCUACGCUGUGCUGCGACCGGGACGCCAAAGCCACAUGUUGAGUGGCGUCGUGAGGAUGGAAAAACGAUAUCCAAUGGAGCAUGGCAAGCGUCAUCGAUGGCCGGACACACUCUCAACAUUACCAAAAUCAAUCGGGUGCACAUGGGAGCUUAUCAGUGUUUGGCAGACAACGGCAUUCCACCCCCAGCAAACCAGACGUUCAACAUCGAAGUUCAUUUUCCGCCACUGGUACGGGUACGGAAUCAAAUGGUUUACGCUACAAAUGGUUCGACGGCUACGUUCGAGUGUGAGGUGGAAGCGUUCCCGGAGGCGCUGAAGUACUGGGAGCGCGUACCGGGCGGUCGCCUUCUGGAGCCGGGCGACAAAUACCAGAUGGAAACUCACAAUGACGGGUACAAAUCGAUAAUGCGGUUAAACAUAACCAACAUCCGGCUGGCAGACUUCGGCGAGUACCAUUGUAUUGCCAAGAACGAGCUCGGCAUCACGCAGGCAGAGUUUCACUUAAUGGAACCUUCGCCGUACAUCAUCCACAGACCGGGUAGCAUGGGCGAACGAAAGGAAUAUGGAGAACAGCCACCGAAGGUCGAAUCGUACGAGGAAAUCUGUGGUCCGCCGACUACGUGCCCGGAGUGUCCCGAUCCAAGGGACUUCAAAUGCAAGGAUACGAUUGUUUCCUUGUACGAUCUGGUGGGAAAUCUGGAGAUCAAGCAAACCGGAAACGUAAGCUAUCCGGGAUUGGGAAACCGAACAACAGAUUGUGUAUUGUACGCGGUAGGCAAGCCGGUCUACCACAAGUACACCGAUCAAAACUACGGUGCCUGGCUGAAGGACGCUGCCUCCCGGAACGAUGCCAUAGAGAAGAAGAUCUGGGCCACGCGAGAAAACGACACGAGUCGAUUGUACGAGUUUGCCAAUAAAACCACCUACCGGAAUAAUGUCGCUACGAAGACGUAUCGACUGGAUAAACCGUUUAGGGGUAAUGCUCACGUUGUGUACAACGGAUCCUUCUACUACAACGAGCGAAACUUACCACGAAUCAUCAAAUAUGACCUCAACUCUGAGCGUCAAACAGCGGUCAAGGAGAUCGAAGGUGUAACGACGAAUGGCUCGAAUUAUCUCUACACGACCGAGUUCAACUAUAUGGACUUCAACGUCGAUGACAACGGCCUCUGGGUUAUCUACAGUACACCGGAAUCCAACAACACUAUCGUUGCCAAGCUCAACGAGUACAACCUGGAUAUACAGUACAGCUGGAACAUUAGUGUUAACCAUCACAAGGUUGGGGAAAUGUUUAUCGUAUGCGGUGUGCUCUACGCCAUUGACUCGGUAACGGAGCGAAACACCAAGAUUAGACUGGCACUGGAUUUGUAUCACAGCAAACUGCUUGACGUUAGUCUGACGUUCACUAAUCCGUUCCGGAAGACGACAACCGUCGGCUACAAUCCGAAGAACAAGGAGCUGUACACCUGGGAUCGCGGCAAUCAACUAACGUACCCGAUUCGGUAUCACGUAACCGAUUACAACAUAACGGCCGUGGAAAAGCCGGACGACGCUCUCAAUCCGCAGAUGCAAACGGGCUACGAUAUUUUUCACGAUCAUGAUAGCGACAACGAUGGCGGUCAUUAG